AUGAACUCUCCCGGCCCAGGUGGUUUCUUGCCGCCGCAAGUCGGCGGCCUUCCUUCUCCAGCUCCCUCUUCAGCAUCAUCCUUUGCGACAAAUAUCCCCGGUCUUCCUUCGCCAAGGACCAAAGCUCUAGUGCCUAACGGCCGCAAGGAGUACACAGUUCGGAGAUUCGCGGAAGAGCAACUCACGCUGGCCUCAAGACGAUACGUCAAGAAGUUUAGCACACCUGCGGCUGGGGACUCGGUUAUUGGCUAUAAGAAAUUCAGCGAGGUCUGCCGAAAUCUGGACAGCGUUAUCAAUGUGUUGUGGCGAUCGGGCACACCAACUCUUCAAAUACCUUUCUUGCUACGUCUCACAAGCGACUUUACGCGAUACGUACGAGGGUUUCCACCUUCGCCCAAGGCCUCGUUCGCGCUUCUUCGCAAGCUAGAUCACUGCUUCUCGAGUCUUUUAGUUGGGAAGGACAUUGAGACUAACGAGUCACUACCCGGUUUUGAGAAUGGGUUGCGUGGGGGCAUGACAACCACAGAGAUGAUUCGCUGCCGAAGCCUUGUCGACCAGUGUCGUGUCUUGAUGGUUGAGAUGAUGACCGACCCCGCCGAGGACGACGAAGAAGAGGAAGAGUCAGAAAGCGAUACUGACAUGGACAUGGAUGCGGACGCGGAUACAGACACUGGAGUCAACGGAUGGGGCGGUGUCGAGGAUGACGACGAGAUGAGGUUGCAGAUGGAUGCAGCUCGCGUCUUUGAAAAGACGAUUGUACAGCUCAACGAGAGACUCGGUGAGCUUGACCCGAUCCGAAUGUCUGACGACUAA